GUUUUAUGGGGGCAAUGGUAUCAAACUUGGCAUUUGUAUUCAGAAACAUAUUCUCAAAGAAAGGGAUGAAAGGGAAGUCUGUUGGAGGGAUGAAUUACUAUGCUUGUCUUUCCAUUAUGUCUCUUUUGAUUCUUACACCCUUUGCCAUUGCUGUGGAGGGUCCACAAGUAUGGGCACUUGGUUGGCAGAAUGCAGUCUCCCAAAUUGGUCCUAAUUUUGUAUGGUGGGUUGUGGCCCAGAGUGUGUUCUAUCAUUUGUACAAUCAAGUCUCCUACAUGUCCCUAAAUGAGAUCUCCCCAUUGACAUUUAGCAUUGGUAACACUAUGAAGAGAAUUUCAGUCAUAGUUUCCUCCAUCAUCAUAUUCCAAAAUCCAAUUCAACCAGUGAAUGCCCUUGGUGCGGCCAUUGCAAUUUUUGGAACUUUCCUCUACUCACAGGCAAAGCAGUAAGAGAAGUUUGGCUAGAAAGUUAAGUGGAGAAAGGGGAGAUUCUGACUUGAGUCGUUGGGAAUUAAAAGAUGGGCAGCAGUGGACUAACAUUUUGUAAUAGAAGAUUGACAUUGACUUUUAGAAUAACUAUCUACUAGUAAAUAUAAGAGGCAAAUGAUCAUGAAUGAAUGACUAUGGCUUUUUUAGUGAUGGAAAAGUUGAGAAAAGAAAAUAGUGCUGCCCUUUCCCAGUUGCAAACUUCUACACAAGAUUUUUUAUUAUAUAGCAAUGUUGUAUGAAGUGAUGGUUAUGAUUAAUUUAUUAUUCCUUAUUAUGAUUGUAGAUUUUGUAAUAUA